AUGUCCUGGACUCACCUCGUCCGUUUCGACCACAAAGGCUCGCCCACUUUCGCCCAGCUGGUCGAGCCCAAAGAGAACGGAGAACUCGACGACCAGAUCAAAGUCAACAUCGCCACGGGGAAUCCGGUCCGUCGCGACAUCAAGUUGACCGACGAGAUUGUGACUGUGGACAAGAAGGACUUGUUGCCGCCCGUGGCUGAUGUGCCGAUUGUUUAUCAGACUGGCUUGAACUAUAAGGCUCACGUGGAGGAGGCUACCGAGGUUGGAUAUAAGAAUCUCCCCCCUCCUCGCCCAUAUCUCUUCUGGCGACCCGCCGGCUGUCUGGCCGGCCCCUACGCCACCAUCGACGUCCACCCUGUACAGCAAGACUCGCUGGACUAUGAAGGCGAACUGAUCAUCCUGGUGGGGUACGAGCCCUUCAAAGAUGUGACGGUCGAGGAGGCCAAGAAGCAGAUCAUCGGAUACACCGUGGGCAACGACCUGUCGCCUCGUCCGGGUCCCAAGCUCGGCGCCAUGAAUUACAUCUGGUCCAAAGGGUUCGACAAGUUCACCCCGAUCGGUCCGGUCUUGGUCAGUGCCGACGUGCUGGGAGUGCCGCCCCAGAUUGAAUUGUACACGAGGGUGGAUGGCAAAGUGGUUCAGCAGGACAAUACUAAGAACAUGACUUUCAAUGUGGCGGAGCUGGUGGCGUCCAUGGCAACGGGAACCACCGUUCAACCUGGCACAGUAGCAUUCACGGGAACUUGUGGCGGUGGCCAGUGGUUCACCGACCAGGGCAAGACACAUGGCGUGCCUGACGGGUCGGUAUGCGAGGUGGAGUUUGAGAAGAUUGGCAAGAUUGCAAACAAGGUCCACUUCCUAUAA